AAUACAUAUACCUCGGCCCCCAAAUUCUCCGCCACCCUCCUACCAAAAAAGAGCAGCUGCGCAGUCCCCCGUCACUUGAAACAAAGAUGAAGGUGAUCGCUGCGUAUUUGCUGGCUGUAUUGGGAGGGAACGCGGCCCCUACCACCGACGACGUGAAGCACAUCCUGGGCUCAGUUGGUGCUGAGAUUGAUGAUGAAAGGAUUGAGUUGCUUUUGUCUGAAGUCAGUGGUAAAGACAUCACUGAGCUAAUUGCUAGUGGAAGAGAGAAGUUGGCUUCAGUACCUGGAGGUGGUGGCGCAGUUGCUGCUGCUGCUGCACCUGCUGCUGGAGGUGCUGCUGGUGGUGCUGCACCUGCUGCCGAGGCAAAGGAAGAAAAGGUGGAAGAGAAGGAGGAGUCUGAUGAUGACAUGGGCUUUAGUUUAUUCGACUGAGACUACUUCACUGCUUCCUUUAUCAGAGGGGUUUGCCGUCCUGGUCGCGAGCUUAGUACAACCACAGUUUUUGUUGUUGCAGCGGCAUAUUGAGUUAGGUUUUGCUUUUUCUUUGAGACAAUGUAAUGAUAUCAAACAAUUUGACAUGAUUAUUAAUGUUUUGAAUUAUCUUUGAUUACUGGCUGUUAAA